AUGCCAAUAUUAGAAACAAGUUCUCAUCAACAUCAUCAUCCUCCAACUAGUUAUACUAAUAAUCGUCAUUCCUAUACUCAUCAUGGUGUAGUUGAUAUACCUGAUCCAACAGGUAAAAUGCAAUUAACACUCAUUCUUCCAAAUGGUGUACCUUCAACAUUGAAUGUUGAUGCAAAUACACCAAUGAUGGAUCUUCUUAUUCAAGCUGCAUCAAAUCAUAAAUUAAAUCCAAGUGGCUAUUCGCUUGUUGUGUUAGAUUCAAAUAAUCAUGUUAUUCAAUUUAAACCGUCUCAAACAGUUGCACAAAUAGGUACUUCAACAAUAAGUUUAUUGCCAAAAGAACGAGAAGUAUCAAAAGAUAGUAAAACAACGUCAAAGAAAAAUCAACCAUUUGAAAUUACAGUCCGUUUACAAGUUAAUUUACCUGAUCAACAAAAAAUUUUAUUACGUGUCGAUCCAACACUUCCAUUGUAUGAACUAAAAGAACAAAUAUGUAAACAAAAACAUUAUUCAGAUACAACAAAAUAUACGCUAAGAUUACCAUCAAAAUUACAGGAACCAUUGUUGUUAGGUUUAUCAUUGGCUGAAUAUAAAACAAAUGAAUUAACGCUUGUGCAUAUUAAACAUGAUGAAAGAACAGGAAAUGGCGGUGAAAAUCAACUUCAAUCAUUUGAUAGACUUUAUAGAACGAGAUCGGGAAGUCAACCGCGCAAUGAAACACAAAAUAUAAAUCCAGAUGAUGCAGUACAUACAACAACAGUAAAAGAGCGUGAUGUAAGCGGUGUUGUUAGUCGCACAUUAUCAACUCCCAUAAAUACUGUUCAACAAUCUUCAACGUCUACUGUACCAAUGCGCUCUUCACAUCCUGUAACAUCGCACACAACAUUACAUGCCUACUGGAAUGAUCCCAAUUUCGAUGCUCAGUCACAAUCAUCAACUACGUCUUCAACAACGAAAAAACGGCGCGCACCAAGAGCUCCUGGUUCGAGUGUUCCUUCGCCUCAACUUCAACAACAUUCGUACAAUAACAAUCAACAAAUGAUUUAUGUACAACCUUCACCAGUUGGUGUGCCUGUUUAUCAACCGCAGUACGUUUAUCAACAUCAUUAUGUCCAAGAACAAGUAUCGCCAGAACAACGCUAUAUACUAGCACAUCGUAGUCAAGAAUCGCUUGAUGAUAAUAAUAAUUUAACAGAUACCAGUGAACAAAAUGACGGUACACAGCGUCCAUCUUCAGCUACUCAACAUCGUCUAGCAUCGCCACCAGAAAAUGGAACAACAAUAGCUACUCAGACAGGCCUGCCACCUCCUGCUUCAUCUGUUAAUAAUAUGGAAUCAUCGACAGUAGACAAUAUAAGUUUAAGCGAGGAAUUUCGAUCUACUAUUGAAAUUGGUCAACAGGCAUUUGAUGAAGAUGAAAAAUUGAAGAAAACAAAAGUUCCAGAUCAUCAAAAGCAAAAGAUUGAGUUAACGAUUGUUGAUGGUGCGAAGUUGUUGAAUUUUUUAACUCAACAACAAUCAGGAACUCCUUUGACAACUGCUGAAACUCGUCUUAUAAUGACAGAUGCUUCUACACUUGAUCGCGAACAGUUGUAUAGUAAAGUUCAGAAAACACAACAACAAAAUGAAUCAACUUAUUCAAUGGUGAAUGUGCAAGAUGCGUUAAUGUCACCACGGAAAGAGGAAGAACCAGAAAAAAAUACUAAACCCAUCGGUGACGCAUUAUCACCAGUUACUACUACAGAAACUUUAGAAAGUACUAAUUAUACAGCUGUUGAUUGUAUUCAACCAACUGCACAAAACGUGAAUCAAGCUGUAACGGAUGUCCAUGCAAUAGCUGAUAAUCAACAAUCACCACCUGCUAUUACAUCGUCUUUACAACAACAACAACAAAGUGUCUCUCCUUCAAUAUUGCAAAAACAACAGUCCUCGGUCAUUCCACAACAGCAACAACAAAAACGUGGUAAAGAGGUUAAGUCACCAAAAGCAUCCAAAAAAUCUCAGACAGUCGAUGGACUAGUAAAAAUAAUGAAUGAUCAUCACAAACGUGCUGACGAAUAUCGCGCAUUACCAGAAACACAAUCCUUAUUGAAAGAAAAAAUAUCUCCUCCACCUCCUGCCAACACAUUAUCAUCAUUAAAUGAAGAAAAUGGUGGAGAUGAAAAAUUUUAUUUUCGUGUAGCCAAAUCACGUCAUGGACGAUUUGAAACGGAUAACCGUGGAUUCGUUAAUCCGUCUGUUGCUGUCAUUGAUCCAGCUCCUGGACAGCAACAAGCAACCAUUGAUAAUAAUAAAGUGCAUGAUUAUGCCAAUAGAACACAAUUACCUCGUGAUAUUCAUCAUCAGCAAAACCAUCCACCUGCUCAUUAUUCGGCAAUUGAAUCACAACAACAACCGAUACAACAAAGACCACCAACAAAAGGAAAGGCCGCCUAUGAAAUUUUGAAGAAAUAUGAAAAAGAAGAUCAAGAAGAGCAACAAAAACAAGAGCCCAUUGACACAGAGUACUUGAAAACAAAAAUUGAUAGAACGUCUCCGCCUGUUUUAACUACGGCAGACAAAACAAUUAUCGCUGAAAAAGAUAAAUCACCAACUCCGAUACAGCUUGAAGUAACAGAACGUACGACACACAUUAAAGUCACUGUUGAAUCAGAUCGUAAACAACUGAUUACUCGUGCAAGUCCGGGUCCCAUUGGGCCACCACCAUUAGCUCCAAAACCAUUUGGAAAAACAAUCACUGAAUAUCGAACAGUCCGACGUAUUGGUAAUGGUAGUGGUCAACAGUCAACAAAUCAAUGUACGGAAAUAUCGACAACGGUUCAAACGAAGAAUUCAAAUACACCUGAAAGCGGUACAAGUACAAAUUCAUCACAAGAGACACUCAUGGAUUCUAUACGAAAAUUUGGUGGAAGUCAAAAUUUAGGCAAGAAAAGUCAAACAAAAUGA